AGGGAGAGGCAGCGGGAGCGAGAGGGAGGUAACAAGGCCAGCGCCGCCCGGGCUUGCUGCUCAAGACUCUAUCUCCUGGCUGCCUUCGCCCCCACCCCAGCCGGCCCCCGUCGGCCACCCGGCGAACAAAAGCGGCCCGCCGCGCACCAUGUAGCCUUUCGGCGCGCCGCCCGGGCCCUGCUGGAGAACGCCGCCAGCCCGCGCCGGUGUCCUGUGGGCCCACCUAGCCACGCACCUCGCUGAGCGCCCCGCUCCGCUCCGGCCCCGUCCACCCGGGGGCGCCGCCCGCCGCACCUCGCUGGGAGUCGCGAGCUGGCGCCAGGGCGGCCGGAGGAUGCCGAGGGGCCGGAGCCGGGCGGGCCUGAGGCCGAGGCGCGCGCUGUCCCCCGCUCCUACCCCGUGAGCCCAGACGCCCGAAGCGCGGUUCCUGAGCCCUCCACUCCCCGGGCUCCCGCCGGUGCUGAUCCCCCGUCCCUGAGGCCGCGGUCCUUCCUCCCCGCGGCGCUGCGUGUGGACGCCGCCACCGCCUCGGCCCAGAUCCCGAGCCUCCACUGCCGGUCAUGGAGGUGGCGCCGGAGCAGCCGCGCUGGAUGGCGCACCCCGCCGUGCUGAAUGCGCAGCACCCCGACUCGCAUCACCCGGGCCUGGCGCACAACUACAUGGAGCCCGCGCAGCUGCUGCCUCCCGAUGAGGUGGACGUCUUCUUCAACCACCUAGACUCGCAAGGCAACCCCUAUUACGCCAACCCAGCCCACGCGCGGGCACGCGUCUCCUACAGCCCCGCGCACGCCCGCCUGACAGGAGGCCAGAUGUGCCGCCCACACUUGUUGCACAGCCCCGGGUUGCCCUGGCUCGACGGGGGUAAAGCUGCCCUCUCCGCCGCUGCAGCCCACCACCACAAUCCCUGGACCGUGAGCCCCUUCUCCAAGACACCGCUGCACCCCUCAGCGGCCGGAGGCCCUGGAGGUCCCCUCUCUGUGUACCCAGGGGCAGGGGGUGGGAGUGCGGGAGGCAGCGGGAGCUCUGUGGCCUCCCUCACUCCCACGGCAGCCCACUCGGGCUCCCACCUCUUUGGAUUCCCACCCACUCCGCCUAAGGAAGUGUCUCCCGACCCCAGCACCACCGGGGCUGCCUCUCCAGCCUCCUCUUCCGCAGGGGGUAGUGCAGCCCGGGGGGAGGACAAGGAUGGCGUCAAGUACCAGGUGUCACUGACUGAUAGUAUGAAGAUGGAAAGCGGCAGUCCCCUCCGCCCAGGCCUGGCUGCCAUGGGCACCCAGCCUGCCACACACCACCCCAUCCCCACCUACCCGUCCUAUGUGCCGGCCGCUGCCCACGACUACAGCAGCGGACUCUUCCACCCUGGAGGCUUCUUGGGUGGCCCUGCCUCCAGCUUCACCCCUAAGCAGCGCAGCAAGGCACGCUCCUGCUCAGAAGGCCGGGAGUGUGUCAACUGUGGGGCCACGGCCACCCCUCUCUGGCGGCGAGACGGCACCGGGCACUACCUGUGUAACGCCUGCGGGCUUUACCACAAGAUGAACGGGCAGAACCGGCCACUAAUCAAGCCCAAGCGGAGACUGUCGGCCGCCAGGAGAGCGGGCACCUGUUGUGCAAAUUGUCAGACGACAACCACCACCUUAUGGCGCCGAAACGCCAACGGGGACCCUGUCUGCAACGCCUGUGGCCUCUACUACAAGCUGCACAAUGUGAACAGGCCGCUGACCAUGAAGAAGGAAGGGAUCCAGACAAGGAAUCGGAAGAUGUCCACCAAGUCCAAGAAGAACAAGAAAGGUGCGGAGUGCUUCGAGGAGCUGUCCAAGUGCAUGCAGGAGAAGGCCUCCCCCUUCAGCGCCGCUGCCCUGGCCGGACACAUGGCACCUGUGGGCCAUCUCCCGCCCUUCAGCCACUCGGGACACAUCUUGCCCACCCCUACGCCCAUCCACCCCUCCUCCAGCCUCUCCUUUGGCCACCCCCACCCAUCCAGCAUGGUGACCGCCAUGGGCUAGGGACAGCCCCCUGGCAACGGACAGACAGAUGCCAAGAGGGUGGCUGGCAGUGCAAGGCUGGUGACCCUAGGCAGGGUGGGCCAAACCCUUAGCGGCCUGCCCUUUCCUGAAGACUGAUGCCACUCCUGCCAGCCCGGCUGGAGCCCCAAGCUGCCUCUCCUGUGGGCGCUCCCCUUGGCCAUCAACGGUCACUGUGAAGGUCCUCACCCAGGCUGGGAGGCAGCCUUGGCCCGGCUUACUGCCCAGGUGGGGUUUCCAUCAUGGACAAUUGUUUGGAGAACAGAACAGACAACUUUACAAAGAGAAGAAGGUUGGGGAGCAGGGGACACACAAAGCAAACCGUUUUUAGAAGAAAAGGGAUUAGGCAAAAAUAAUUUAUUGUGCUCUCAUUUCUAACAAGGACCAGGGAGAUGUGGAGGUCUGAGCUGCCCCCCAAAUUCUCUUCUGGGUCUUCUUUUGCACCAAGUGCUGCUUGGCCCAUCUGCUUGCUGGGGCUCUGGGGGCAGGUGUGUGGGGUGGCGGGGGGCCCGUGGCCCACACCUUCUCCUCUGGCUUCCUUUCCUGAAACAGCUGAAGCCCAGGUUGGGCUGAGCCGGUGUGGCCGGGCCAGCAGCCUGGGGAGGCUGAGCGGUGCGUGCCCUGGCGGCCAGGCCCUGGAGGGCAGAGACAAUCAGGGGCGGUCCUGCGCUGAUUCCCAGGCCAGGGCUGGGUCACAGGAAGGAAACAACAUUUUCUUGAGAGGGGAAAUGUCUCCCAGAUCGCUCCCCUGGCUCUGAGGCCGAAGCUGGUGUGACCCGUGUCCCCUUAAUGAGUCUGAGCCCCAGCCAGGUGAACCCCUGUACAUACAUCCUUUUUCUGCAACACCCCUCAAUCCCCCUCCCCUCCCACUCUGAGACAAAAGAAAAAAUAUAUAUAUAUCAAAGACUGCAUAAGCUUAACUCGCUGAGGAGUUAGUUGUUUUAUUUUUAAACUCAUUUUGGGUCCAGUCGAUUGUACGUUGCCACGGAAGUCCUUGCUAUGGAAAGGAAUAAAACCUACAAACCAAGGCUGUAGCUUCACAAUUAUUUUUGGAAAAGUACUUGGAUCCCACAGCCCUAGGACGGGGAGCCGGGGACCUGGGGAGGGGCUUUGGCUGCUCUUGGCUUCCAGGGGCUGGUCUGGCAGGUGGCGAAGGCAGGAGUUGGGGGUGGGUCCAGCAAGAGGCCAUGACCCUGCUGGGGUCCCUGGAGAUGCCUGGGUUCUGCUCCGCUUUGCUGUGGCUGGCUGGAUCCUCCCCAAGGUACAGCUGUACAUAACUGUGUCCGAGCUUAGAUUCUGUAUGCGGAGGUGGUGGGGUGUGGCAGCCGGCAAAGGCCUGGCCCUGGGGAAGAGGAUCAUGCCAAGGUAGUCGACCAAGUGCAAUAGGAGCCCCGGCGAUCGCUGCGGGGGGGGAGGGGGGCACCACAGCCAGAAGUAACUUAUUUUGUACUAGUAUCCGCAUAAGAAAAAGAAUCCGCAGUAUUUUCUGUUUUUAUGUUUUAUUUGGCUUGUUUCAUUUUGGAUUAGUGAACUAAGUUAUUGUUAAUUAUGUACAACAUUUAUAUAUUGUCUGUAAAAAAUUGUAUGCUAUCCUCCUAUUCCUUUAAAGUGAAUACUGUUAAGAAUAAUAAAAUACUUUUUGUG